UUCCGCCCACCCGGAAGUGACGUGUUUAAGUUUGAAUUAGCUGGCGGGUCGGAUUUAUGAGCCUGGAAACUGAAUGCUUCCCAUGUAUGUAUCCCCAUCUCUCCUAUAGCUGACAGCUUGUUUUCUUCGCGAGCCCGGAGGGAAGACUGAGGGUUUAUACUGCUCCUAACAUUGCCUGAGAUACAAGCACGCAUGGACAAAUCCAAAAUUCCUGUUCCCAAGUCCCAAGGAGCACAUAAUCCAGAAAAAACACACAUCAGUGACCAAACUGCACCAUGUCCCAAAAAGCCUUGCCCUCCGAAACCCACUCUGCCUCUCUACAACAAGGAUCCAAACAUUGUAUUCUCAGCCAGUGCACCUGAUGUUGGUGUGUUUAAAGCAGUUAGUCAUGGGAAAAAAAACAUUGCUUCUAAGAAACCUUCUGCUCCAACCCGUGGUGUCACUAAUCGCUACAGGAUGGAAGCAGAACUGCGAGACCGGAAUCAGCUUUUGGAGGCAGCCAAUGUCAGCUUGCAUGCCAACCUGACUAACACACAGGAUACUAUUAAAGUGAUGACUGAACGUCAAGCAGAGCUGGAAAAUGAGCUCAAAGAAUUAAACCGGCGGUUAGAAAAGAAUAUGAUUAUCCUUGAAAACAGAAAUAUUGAUCCAGUUUCAGGGGAAGAAAUCCUGGCAUCUGUUGAAGAAACCAGCAAGUUAAGAUCAGAGACAAAGCACUUCACAGAAAAUCUUUUAAAUGAACUGCAGAAUUUCAGCGAAGCAGCCAGUGAGCAAAGGACCCUUAUGCAGACUGUGAUGUCAAAAUGGAAGGAAGCAGAUAAAGGAAGAAAUCAAUUUGUGGAGGAGCAGCAAGCUUUUGAGAGAGAACUUGAACAGUUCCGGGAAUGCUUACUACAAGCAGAGAAGCAGCUGGACGAGUGAAAAGCAACAACCGAAAUGUUCCCAUCUUCAGAUAAAACAAGAUACUACCUGACUGUACAUAAUCUUCUAUUCAAUGGGAGCUCAUUGCAAAAAUACCCUUCUUUGGGUAUUGGGAACGUGAGGCUAGAAGAGGCCAUUUAAAAAACAGUUUUACAUUUUUAACUGUUCUGAAUGCUUCCCAGCCAAUGUUCUCUUUGAUGUAUCUGAUUAUUAUAAUAUAUAUUCGAGAGAAAGCAUGAGCCUGUUCUCUCCAUACACUGCAGAAUGGCAAUGGCUUAUUAUAUAUACGCUUCAGCACUGUGUGCUUGAUAGUCAGCCCAUGACAUGAAAUAAGAAUAUGCAAAAAGAUAUGUUAAAACCAUCCUUUUAAUAUGAUAGCGGCUUAAAUGGUUUCUAGAAUAUGAUCCGAAGGGUGAUCGCUGCUUUAUUCGAAUCAGCAAGAAAAGUGUUACUAAUUCACAAGCUCUCAAUGUAGAGCAACAUCAAUACUAAUCUAUCAUUUUGCCUUUAUUUAGUUGGUCAACAAAUAUGUGAUACCAUUGUUGGUGGCUGCACAUCACCCAGACAGGCAAGAACUGUGUGCAUUCUGGGUAAAACUCUUGUUUAUAGCCUGUAAAUAUUCCCUUGUUUAUUUGUGAAUAAAUAUCUGUUUUCAAAGCUAA